AUGGAGCAAACCUACGGCGAAGUGAACCAGCUGGGCGGCGUGUUCGUCAACGGGAGACCCCUGCCCAACGCCAUCCGCCUGCGGAUCGUGGAGCUUGCUCAGCUGGGCAUCCGGCCCUGCGACAUCAGCCGGCAGCUGCGGGUCUCGCACGGCUGCGUGAGUAAGAUCUUAGCCCGCUACAACGAGACGGGCUCCAUCCUUCCCGGAGCCAUCGGUGGGAGCAAACCUCGGGUCACCACCCCCAACGUGGUGAAGCACAUCCGAGACUACAAGCAGGGCGACCCGGGGAUCUUCGCGUGGGAAAUCCGGGACCGACUGCUGGCUGACGGCGUCUGCGACAAAUACAACGUGCCUUCGGUGAGCUCCAUCAGCAGGAUCCUGAGGAACAAGAUCGGCAACCUGUCGCAGCCUGGAGGACCCUACGACGGCGGCAGCGGCGGCAGCAGCGGCUGCAAACAACCGGCCCCGCAGCCGACGCUGCCCUACAAUCACAUCUACCAGUACCCUUACCCCAGUGCUGUGUCUGCCACGGGCACCAAGCUAGGCAGCCACCCGGGAGGGCCCGUCUCGGCAGCCCACGUCAGUCUUCCCCGCUCUUGGCCCUCAGCUCACUCCGUCACCAACAUUUUGGGCAUCCGCACCUUCAUGGAGCAAAGCGGAGCUCUGGCAGGGACAGAAGGCUCUGCCUACCCUCCCAAACUAGAAGACUGGCCAGGUGUGAACAGGACCACCUUCCCUGCUGCUGGGCAAGGUGUCAACACGCUUGACAAAUCGGCAGCGGAAGCAGACAUUAAAUACCCCCAGCCGCCUCCUGGACUCUCGGCUGUGAGUACUUUCCUGUCCCCUUGCGCCUAUCCCUCCUCAAACCAGUCCGGAGUCUACGGGGGCCCUGGCGGAAGUUACCUAAGUCCGGCCCAUCAUCACUGGCAGACUCAAAGCAGCCCUUUGGGUCACCACCAUGGGCCCAGCGUGGCUUUACACGGCGGAGAGCUGGCGCACACGGUGGCCUUCAAGCAUCCCUCGCGGGAAGCCGGCGACCGAAAACCAGCGACCAGCUCUGGAGGCAAAGCGGCGGCAGAGGCUCUCGCCGGCAUCCAUGGCCUCCCUCCUGUUCCAGCCUCCUCAUCGUAG